UUUUUAUUUUUCAGUUUGUGACAAUGGCAUCCGGAGGAGAAAUAACCGAGAAUUUAUCAACCGUCCGACUCUGCGGAGUGAACCCAUUAGGCACUAAAUAUAUCCUUGUAACAGGAGGUGUUAUUAGUGGCAUCGGUAAAGGUGUUUUCUCCAGUAGUGUCGGAGCUCUCCUCAAAGCGUGCAAUAUCAGAGUCACAACUAUCAAAAUCGAUCCAUAUGUCAACAUAGAUGCUGGAACGUUCUCGCCCUAUGAACACGGCGAGGUAUUUGUUCUGGACGAUGGAGGAGAGGUUGAUUUGGAUCUUGGUAACUAUGAGAGAUUCAUUGGGAUCAAGCUAGGAAGAGAUAAUAACAUCACAACAGGCAAAAUAUACCAAAGUGUUAUCAACAAAGAACGACGUGGAGACUAUUUAGGUAAAACUGUCCAAGUUGUUCCGCAUAUCACUGAUGAAAUUCAAAAUUGGGUUGAGCGUGUUGCAGGAGUCCCAACCGAUCCAAAAUCAGAUGAUAAUCUUCCGCCUGAAGUAUGUAUAAUUGAGCUGGGAGGUACCAUUGGUGAUAUAGAAGGCAUGCCAUUUAUCGAGGCCUUCAGACAGUUCCAGUUUCGUGUUGGAAGGGAAAAUUUCUGCAACAUACAUGUGAGUCUCAUACCAAAUAUCAACGGGGAAGACAAAUCCAAGCCGACGCAAGCUAGUGUACGAGAACUUAGGAGAGCUGGCCUGUCUCCAGAUCUAGUAGUAUGCCGCUGUAAAGCAGAAAUUGCUCCCAAAGUUCAAGAUAAAAUUGCCAUGUUUUGUCACGUUAACUUUGACGAAGUUCUCAUUUUGCCUGAUUGCAGCAGUGUUCUUAAAGUGCCUUCUGUGUUAUAUCGAACGGGUGUGAUCGAUAUUUUGAAGAAACGCCUCAAUUUGAACAUCAAACCGGAAAACUCUUUAUUAAAGCAAUGGAACAGACUUGGGAGCAAAAGCGAUAAAAGUAUGCGGCCCUGUAAGAUCGCAAUAGUUGGGAAGUAUUCACAACUAGCCGAUGCUUAUGCCUCUGUAAUUAAAGCUCUUCAGCAUGCUUGUUUGCAUGCAAACUUCAGUUUGGAUCUGGAUCUCUUGUCGGCUAGCAGUCUUGAAGAAGCUACCAAAAGUAAGGACUCCAUUGCUUACCAUGACGCGUGGAAGCGAUUGUGUUCUGUCGAUGGGGUUUUGAUUCCUGGUGGUUUUGGAAUGAGAGGAUGCGAUGGAAAGUUGUCCGCAAUCCAAUGGGCUCGAACUAAUAAAAAGCCUUUGCUUGGAAUAUGCCUGGGUAUGCAGCUGAUGGUAAUCGAAUUUGCUAGGAAUGUUCUUAACUGGACUGACGCGAAUACGACUGAAAAUGAUCCAAAUUGCGAGAAGAAAGUUAUCAUAGAAAUGCCAGAACACCAUACAGGUCAAAUGGGCGGCACGAUGAGACUCGGCAAGCGUGAGACGAUUUUUAAAGUGGGCAAUUCUACGGUCCAGAAAUUAUAUCAAGAUAAGAAAUCCGUUUUUGAAAGACACAGACAUCGCUAUGAAGUCAAUCCAGAGCACGUGAAAGAGUUUGAAGACAAUCUUUUGAGGUUUGUUGGUCAUGACGUCGAGAAAGUUCGAAUGGAAAUUUGCGAGCUGGAUGCAACUGAACACCCUUUCUUCAUCGGAGUUCAAUACCACCCUGAAUAUCUUUCUAGGCCAAUGGAACCUUCGCCGCUGUAUACUGGAUUGGUACUAGCAAGUGUCGGCAAACUAGCUGGAUACCUUGAGAGAGGCUGGAGGGUAUCUCCUUUAUCUUAUCAUUCAUCGUCCGAACCCGAAGACUCAGAUGACUCCGAAUUAGGACUGCAGAUGGUGAAACGCAUCGAAAGGUCUUUAACACCUUAAGUUACCUAGAAGUACGACAGUCAAAUGAUGGAGACCAUAGACUGUUGGGACUUAAAGUUAAUAGUUUUGGCACCUGAAGGGUUGAUGUGUGGAAAAAAAGCAGACACGCAGUUUUUAAUGGAGUCUUCUCGCGUUAGCUAAUAUUGUAUUUUAUUGGCUGUCAAUUUUUUGUCGAUAUUCUUUUCAAAACGAACCCCUAUGGUCGCAGUUUUGAAUAUAACCCUUCAGGUUUCUAAAUCUAUUUUUAGGUGUGCUUGUGUUUAGCAUUGUUUUUAGAUUUUCUGAAGUGUGAGUGAUGUUGUAACACCAGUGGGCUUGAUGUUUGGAGUCCCUUUGUUGAAUUCAUUGUUACCAGUCAA